AUGGCUUAUCGAGAAGAAAUUCUACAUGCCGAGCUCAAGAGCUCCCCAGAUGGCCCAUCUCCAAGUCCCCAAUACCAAGUCCAGGUGCGAGCUUUGUCAGCUGGUCAUUAUGAGGCAAAAGAGAUCAUUAACCCCAAGAAAGAUAAAUGCACUUGCUGCCCUUAUGGCUAUCAUAUUGACUUGGACUUCCUCAACUUCUGUGAAAACAUGUCCAAUGGUAGCACUCUCAGACAGCUCAAGCAGAUUAAACGCAAUAAGAAGAAUCUACGGAAAUCUAUGGAGUUUUAUCUGCAGCAACAGGAAACUGCUGGGGAAGUGGGCCUUGGAGCCCUACCCCCUGAUAUAGUCCACUCGAGUGAUGCUAGCCGAAUUUUAAACAUUGUUGAGUAUGAGUCUUCAGCUACCAAUAAGAUUCUUGAGGAGAUUGACUCUUCUGUCAAUGCCACAAUUACAUCCAUUGAUGGAAUGAUCGAUUCCACAUCCACCUCAUCCUCUUCCCUUCAUCGGAUUGCUAAACAAAUGUCGUAUGACAGUGAUGAUAAUUAUGAAAUGGCUCCGAAUGCUUCAAAAUUUAACACAUUUCCUCGUAAAAAAGCACCACAGCCUGAUGAAGCUUCUGCCUCCUUUACUGGUCUAGGACGUACAGAUUCUACAAGUUCAAUUUCAUCAAUGUCUACAGUCUCAAGUGAACAGUGCUAUCCAAUGUCUAAGUCAAUGCAAGAGUACUCUACCAACUUUUCUAGCUAUUCACACAGCACAACGACCACACGUAAUACAACUGUUACUUCUUCUGAGCUAGCUGCAACAAUGGCUACAUAUUUUCCCCAUCAGUCACAGCAAGAUGCCUCCCCUUCACACCCAACACUUUCGACAGAUGGCCAAGCUUCAACAACUAUCAGCAAAGCAUCUUUGGAAGCAAUCAGAGAAUCUAUGGCUGUUAGCCUCCAGAGAAUGAGGGAGCUUGAAGAACAGGUGAAGACAAUUCCAGUUCUUCAGGUGCGGAUCUCUGUCCUCAAAGAAGAGAAGAGGCUGCUUAUGCUUCAGCUUAAGGCCAAAAACAAUAGGCUAAAUCAGAGAAGCAUUGGAGUUAGCAACACUAGUAUUGGCACAGUUGACAGCUCUCAAAAAAUCCAGGAACAACGAACAAUGUCCACAAAGACCAGCGUUGAGGAGAGCAGCAUUGAACAACAGCUGCAUAUUAAACAGCAGCAGCUUUUGCAAAUGCAACAACAACAAGAACAAGUACAAGUACAACACAUAAAUUUGCAAAAGCAACCUGUAUAUCGCACAGUGCAAACUGUUGCCGUUAUGAAACGACCUUCUCUUGUGUCAACAGGCGUUGGAAAUCAUUCAGUCAGCAAACCUUAUGACCUUCAGCCUGACUUGGCUUCAGCAUACUUCUCCAAGGAAUCUCAAACCACACAUUCCAAAAUACACACCUCUGAGAAAGAAACAAUUGUGCUGAAACAAUUCAGUAACAUGCUCCCUCAAGCACAUAUUGUUUCUCAAACUACGGUUUCUGCUGUGCCACAAACUACGGUUUCUGCUGUGCCUCAAGCUACAGUUUCUGCUGUGCCUCAACCUACAGUUUCUACUGUGCAGGAGGUAAUGCUUCAAAGCCCAAAACCAUUACCCAGAGGUCCAAAACCCAUGUCACGCACUAUUGGAGUUGGUGAUGGCAACGUCUUUGAUCAGACAGACUCUGGGCUUCAUAUUCAUGAGAAGGAGCUGCGCACUGUUAUCAUUGGCCAAGCUGAAGCACCAAUUGCCAAACGUAAUGUUGGUGUUGAGUGCAAGGUUGCUACUAGAGAUGUAGGCAUUUCUUAUGUGUGUGAUGAUGACAAGCCGGCAAUGCGUACAGUUGGUGUGGGUACUGAUGGUGCUGACCUUUCAGUAAUGUGGAAUAUGGAGUUUAAGAGUGAGGAGAUAAGGACUGCAAUCCGUCAAGUCCUGAGCAGGAAUGUCCGCAGUGUUGGUGUUAAUUGUCAGAUGCGGCCAAUGGGUAGAGAUGUUGGUGUCCAGUAUGUCUGGACAAAGCCAUUAAAUGUACGAUCAAUUGGUUGUGGUGAUUACAGAAUUGAUGAUGUUCCUGCUGCUCCCAAACCACGUGUCCGUACACGGUCAGUUUCAUGCGAGUGCAAGCCACUAGUGUCACAUAGAUUGUGUAUGACUGAUAAGGAGUGGACAAUAGAACAAGGAACACUGACGGAUUCCUUGAAUGUCGAACAUCGCUUUACAAACACUGAGAGAGUACAAUUACUUAAUGUUGGUACCAUUACAGACAGCAAAAAGUUCCAAAGUGACCAAUGUCAAACUGACCUGAAGAUUUUCAUGGCACUUGAUCAAGUAAGAAACAGCAGCUGCAACACAGAUGUUGCACAACUCCGUACAAUUGGUGUGAAUACUCAGCGCAGACCAUUGUCCACAAGUAAUUUUGACAUGGACAUCUUCUCUAUUGAAGAAAAGACUGAAUAUAAAACAGCCCAAAAGGUGGAAACUUAUUCGGAGCGUGUUGUCAGCCAUCAUAGUUCAGAUGUUGUAAAAGCACACACAACACGAACGGUGAAUGGGCGUCAGCUCACGCCUGAAAGGGCCUCUGUGCAGCAGUGGAAUAGUUCAAUCAACUUGAAUUCACAGCCUUCUUUCUCAACUUCUUCAUCAGCGACCAGUUCUGUAAGAAAAACAGGCAGUAGGUCAGUGACCUCAUCCAUGGAAACUCUUAGCAGUGGCUACAAUCUAGAUGGUGGUCGAGGUCAUUUGACAUCUAGUACCUCCCAUGAAAACUUGUACAGUGUCUCUAGAAAAGCACCACAGUUUUAUACAGAAGAGUUUUCAACUCGUGGUGGUGGCAUUAAUAAUUCCGCUCUUCUUGUAACUGGUAAAGAGACACAUCAGAUGCUAGCCUCAUCUCUUGGUCGUGGUUUAAGUUUGGACAGUGGACAAGGCAGCAUCACAUCCAGUACAUCACGUGAUAGUUUAGGGAGUGAGUUAGAAAAAGUAACACAAGUCUAUACAGAGGGUGGCAGCAGCAAUAAGGGUUCCAUUGAAUUUGUAACUAUCCAGGAAACAGAACAGGUGUCUGAUAAGCCACAGGAUUUGUCCAGCAUGACAAGGGAAAUAGGUGAAAGUGGACUGGAGAAGUCUUUGAUAACACAGACUGAGUCUUUCACUCCCAGCUCUCAAAAGGUCUCUAGUGAUAUCACUGUUACCACUAACACAUCGGAGAAUGUGGAGAAAGCUGCUUCUGAUUCUAGCUUGCCAUGGGAUGGUUCUCAGAAAACUGUAAAAAGUUCUAUGACCAAAAGUUUAAGUGAAGGUUCAGGUUCUGAUUUAGACAUGGAAAGGAGUCAAGUUCUGAGAGAGAUGGCUGAAAGUGCUCAAAAAUCAAUGAAAACUUUCUCUGAAAGUUGUGGCAGUGAUUAUAAAUCCAUAGGUGGAAAAUCCAUUUUUACAACAACAAAGGGAUUUGUCUCUAGGAGUGGCCAGGAUAUAAGUCCAUCUGAUAUAUCGACUUUUACUUCUGAGAGCAAACUCAAUGGGAACAGAGGGCAGAUAAUAAAGAAUUCUCAGAGUGAGACACAGACUGUUUCACAGGUCUGUGAUUCUGAGAUGGAGUAUCCACAAGAGUACACCGUUUCUUCUCAAACUGUUACUAUCAGUCAUGCUGCUGUUCCUGCUGAGCAACCAAUCAAAAAUAUGGCAUCAAUGUCUAUUUCUGCUGGUACCAAUUCCCAAGUGGCUGAAAGUGUUGAUACUGAUAAGAACUCUUUAAGAUUUACAUCUGGCUUUGAUUCUGCUGUAAAUUCAAAUCAGAAAAAAGAAAUGGUCACUGAUUUAGAUGCUGUUGAUUCAUCCUUAGGUGAAUUUCAGAUGAAAGGAGACAAAAUAUUAUCUUCUUCUAAUCUUUCCUUACAACCUUCCUCAGAAUCUUUCCAACUUUCUUCAAAAGGUAUUACUAUCGAUGAUGCACAAGGGAAACAGGAUACCACUUGGGUUACAGUCAGUGUCCUACCUGAAAAAAUAAGUGAAACAUCAGAUGGCAUGAGCAUCCAAAAAACGACCUAUGAAUCUUCCAGAAAUGAUUCUUUACGGAAUAUUUCUUCCUUUUUACCAAAAGUCUCUUUAAGAGAGGAUGAAAGAAGUAGCACUCCUUAUCAUCGGUCUACUGCUGUCACCAUGGAGUCUGCCUUAGGCCCAAUUGUCUCCACAUCUGAGAUCAUGAGACUUGAGCCCGAAUCUUCAGCAAAAGUGACCAAAGUCUACAGCAAAAGGACAUUAGUCUCAAAUGAUUCACUCCCUAUUCAUCUUGAAACUGGAACUUCAGAAACCACCAAUACAGCAACUUCCUCUUCAUCUUCAAUUUCUUCAACAAAUGCAGGAAUGGAAGACAUUGUCAUUUCUUCAGAGAGUGGUGAUAUUGAUUCUCAGGCUAAAGUCUUACGGGAAGAACUUGAUAGUUUGGCUCAAGACCUUCAAGUCAGAAGAAACAGAGGUGUUUCUGGCAGCAACAAUGGUCAAAGUUCUUUAGAAUUCUCUCAACAGCAUGUCACUGGGGAAAACGGCGCAUCGUCAUAUUCAUACUUGAUGCAGCAAACUAUCACAUCAUCAUCUUCAGCUGGAUCUUUGGGACUUGGCCAUGAUUCAGACAAUGCUGGGGGAGUCAGUUUUGAAAACAAGCAUGCUAUGUCAUAUGGAAAUCUUAACAACGAAACUCAUUAUCAGUUGAAAUCUUGCAUGAAAAGGAGCAAAUCUGAACCAGGUGUUAAGAAAGAAAUCUCUUUUGCUGAUAGCGUUCAAGGAGGAUCUGAGACAAGUAGUAGUGAUGAGUCAAGUGAUUCUGACAGCAGUGAUUCGGACUCAGGCUCUUCCAGCAGCAGCUUUGAGGAGGGCUCCUAUGACGGGAGGCAGGGCAACAUCAUUUAUAGCUGUAAAGACGAUGAAGCCAUAGCACAGGGCAUCCCCGGAGCCAAAAUGUUUGAUCAGAACAUCCGGGAGACAUAUGAGCUGAGUGAAGAUAUGCAGUUAGCGUGUCAAGUACUCAAUAUGUACCUGGAAGAUUCAACCCAAGUACAAAGUAAACAACUAAAUACGAGUUUAAAUAUUAUUCAACAAGAUUGGUUCCGGGUAUCUAGCCACAAGUUGUCUAAUCCUCACCAAGUUGAAGAUUAUCUUUCCUGUUUCAAUGAAAUUGAUAAAAAACUGCUGAAACACAUUGUAAACAUGUUUGAUGCCAAUGGCAACUGUACUAUCCAUUAUGCUGUGUCUCAUUCUAACUUUGAAAUUGUGAAUUUGCUGCUGGACACUGGUGUGUGUGAUGUUGACAAAAAAAAUAAGGCUGGUUAUUCGGCUAUUAUGUUGGCUUCUCUUGCUUAUGUUCAGACGGAGGAGCACCAAGAUGUGGUCCGACGGUUGUUUAGCCUGGGUAAUGUCAAUGCUAGAGCAUCAGAGGCUGGCCAGACUGCUUUGAUGCUUUGUGUCAGUCAUGGGCGAGAUGAUAUGGUGAAAAUGUUAUUAGAGGCAGGAGCAGAUGUCAAUUGUCAAGAUGAAGAUGGCUCCACAGCCCUGAUGUGUGCUUGUGAACAUGGACAUGGAGAUAUUGUGAAAACUCUUCUGGCUCAUCCUGGAUGUGAUGCUACACUCACUGAUAAUGAUGGCCAGAAUGCUCUGGCUAUUGCCAUGGAAACAGAUCAUAAAGACAUUGGAGUGGUGCUCUAUGCACAUAUGAAUUUUUCUAAGCAACCAGUCUCCAGUGGCCUGUACUGGAAGCGAAGAACAAGUUCAGGAUCCACAUCUCCAAGCACUCCUUCUACUCCUCAUUAG